UACUCGAUUCAGGACAGCAACGGAACGAUCCUCGCCACCGCUUCCGACUAUCUUUCGGCAGCAUCCAUCACCCAAUGGCUUCAGCAGAGUCCCCAUGCAACAGCAACGCUUACGCUCGACGGUGGCGAUACAAUCGAUCUACCUGUCUAUGCACUACGUCGCAGAAACGCUGUCGUGGCAACCCUUCCUGACGCUCCU